AUGUCACGCUCGUUAAAAAAAGAACCAUUUGUUGAUGAAAAGUUAAGGAAAAAAAUUGAAAAAUUACGAAGCCAAAUUGCCGAGUUGGAAAAACAAGGAGGUAAAGAAGAAGAAAUUGCCAAAAUCCUUUUCACUCCCAUUAAAGUUUGGUGUCGCGAUUCCACUAUUUUCCCCGAAAUGAUUGGUUUUACUGUUAUGAUUCAUAAGGGUAAAGGAUUUAUUAAGCAUUUAAUUACUGAGGACAUGACUAAUAAGAAACUCGGAGAAUUUGCCUUUACUCGUAGUUCUGGGCAACACGCCGAAAAAUUAAAAAAACGUUUGAACUCCCCAGAAUAUGUGGCAGUUCCAGAUUUAAUUAGGAGUGGUGAUUAUGGAGCAGAUAUAGAUUUUUACGGAAGGAAUUUUAAGCGAAACGAGGAAAGAGAACAAAAUUAUCAAGCCAAGAUAAAGAAAAUUGAAGACAAAGUAAAUAGUAUUCCGAAUUUAUACUACUAUUAUGGAAGUUUAAGUAAAGAUAACCCCAGCAAUAACAUUAAUGCCAAACAUCCAGUUUUAGAUACUUUUCCUUUUGAAAAACACGGAUAUUAUUUAAUUGAGACUGACAAACCAAUUGAAAGAAAUGAUGGGAUAAUUCUCGACGGAAAAGUUUAUCAUUCUGGUUGCGAUAGACUUGAUAAUGAAGACAAUAACUCUAACCAACCGGUUAAAAAAAUAUCUCAAGAAGAGGAAAAGAAGGCUAUUAAACGGCUAAUUCAAUACUUUAAAACCCACAAAGUAGAUAACCAACAAGAACUACAACUAGCCAAGAAUAUUUCUCAAAAAAACAACCAGCAAGAAUUAACUAUGGAAGCAUUAGAAAAAAUGAAUGAAUCGAUUUUACAAGUGGCUGACAAUUCGGGUGCGAAAGAGAUAUUAGUAAUUCGCUGUUUGGGUGGUUCUAACCGUCGUUAUAGUCGGAUUGGCGAUUUAGUGAUUGCUACUGUGAAAAAGUCCGAACCAAAUAAGUUUGUGAAAAAAGAAGAAAGAAUAGUAAAGGCCUUAGUGAUUGCUACUCAAGAUGGCAAAGAGCCCAGAGGAACUCGUAUGUUUGUUCCUUUAUUAACUGAAUUCGACCAAACCAAAUUAAAAACUGGCGACAAAGUAAAAGUUAUUGUUGGCAAACAUCGAGGGACAAUUGAUUUUAUUUCCCGGCUUGACCCUAAAGAACAG